GAUGUCAAUGUCAUUAUAAAAAUUAUUGUCAAUAAAAAAUCUGUAUUGGAAAAAUUUAACCUGCUUUGUGUAUUUAUUGCUAUGGAUAACUUUAAUGUUUUUAGUUUAUUAGUGGUUUAAUAAUUCAUGGAACUAUAUUAUUCAUCAAAAAUGAUAUUUGUACAUUCCAGAAGAAUGGAAACAACGUGAAUUUGGUUUAGAUAGGAAUCCUGGGGGUAUUUUCAGCUUUUACAACAAAUUAAAACUACAAAAUGGCAAAACGACAAAGUUCUACCCUGAAAGAAGAAUGUUCAGCCAAUAAAAAAUUGAAAAUCUGCUCCGAAGAGUCGGAAAAAAGUGUAGAAUCGCCAAAACCAGCUGAGGAAUCUUCCAACUAUCGGAGUCUACUUGAUCUGUCCGAUGACAUAUUACUGAUUAUUCUCAGUAAACUUCACCCGAUAGAUAUUGAAGCUCUAAGCAAAACGAGCAGUCGUCUGAACGUAGUAUGCCGCGAUCGCACUUUAUGGACAGACGUCGACUUGAGGCCGUAUCCGUUGGUGGCGAGCGCUCUAGAAAAGUUUACCGAAUUCUUUCUGCCCGUAACGAAAAGCAUCGCCUGCCGCGGCCCUGCGGAGCAUGUUCUUCCAGAGGCAGAUCACCCCCUCCCAGACCCUCCGCCCGCUGCUCCACUCGUCUACUCCAUGACACGCGAACUGAUGGAGGCCAUCGGUUUACAGGCCUGCCACCUUAGCAAACUCAUACUUGAGAAUCAGUGCAUCAACACGUCCGAAUUACUCCUAGAGUACUUUCCGAACACACUGGAACACCUAGAACUGAAGGAUAGUAUUUUGGAGAAUAUGCCUUCACAACAGUCCUACUUCUACAAUGUGAAGACCAAUCUUCCUUAUCUAAAAGUAUUGGACUUGACUGGCAGCAAAUGGUUCAUGCCGCACUCACUGAUAGCACUGAGCAAGAGUGCCUCUCUCAAAGAGCUCAUAUUGGCCAAAUGCAUGAACCUCUACGACUGUGUACCUUACGCCAGUUUGGCAUCCUGCUACGGAUUCAGAUCACUAGAAGUGUUGGACCUUCGCGGUACGCAGGUAGAAGACAGCGACGUGACGUGCUUCAACCGCGUGUCGACGCUGUCCAAGCUGUACCUGGAGGCGCCGGCGGCGGUAAUGGAGGGGCGGCGCCUCAUCACCGACCUGUGCGUGACCUCUUUCGGGGGCGUGCGCGCGCAUCACAACCACCCCCACCGCCACUUUCCCCCGGGCGGCGAGCCACUCAAUCACAUGGAGCUGCAUCGGAUCGGGGUGCUGCUGCUAGAGGCCUAUCCCUGGCGGGUGCAGAAGCCGUCGCAACUCACUUGUCUGGUGGUGCGCAACUACUCGGCCAUCACGGACAUCAGCCUGAAGCACGCGAGCACCUGCCUGCCGAACCUGACCUGGCUCGACGUGCGAGGCACCAGCUGCACCGAGUUGGGGGUGCGGCUCUUCUGCCAACAGCGCCCUGACGUCACACUCAUCAGCGACCAUUCAUCCCCACUGCCAAUCAGCAACAGGUGAAACUAGGCUACACUACAGUAACUGGACUAGACAUGUGGUCAUGGCAUUCAGUGUCGCUAAUACUGUAGAUGAAGCAUAGCGUAAGAACUUAUCCCACGGUAUUGAGCGUUUGUGUUUCAAAUCUCUCUGUUAUUUCAAGCUAAUUAUUUCUUGGUUGAUUGGAUGAAAACUAGAGUCUAGUGACUAGCAACUAGACAUUGGUUCUAGCUAUACAUAUAAGAUUAUACUUUAUAUUAUAUUAUAUUAUUAGAUUAUAUUAUAUUAGAUUAUUAUUAUAGCUGACUCAAUUCCCAGCCUUUGUUUGAAACUUACUUAAAAUUAGCAAUUGCAGGCUUUUAUUCAAUUGACCUAAUUAUCUAGUUUGAUUAUUCCUGUCUUGGACGAUUGAGAAUGUGUGAACGGCACAAUAAAGCCGAUUGUUUAAGCCGAUGGUCCACGUAGUUCUUUUUCGUGAAGCUGGUAGUCUCUCAUAAGCCAGUUACAAACACAUCCAUCUUUAAACAUAAGAUUUUUUCCGUUCUUAUAAAUUCUAUUAUAACUUGGCAAACAUAUGAACAUAUGUAUCGGAACGCAUCAUGUAUUUGCCAAAUUCAAUUAAAUCUAAUAGAAUUCAUAGGAAUGGGGAAAAAAUCGUACGUACAAAAAUUGAUGUGUUUGUAACUGGCUUAUGAGUCACUAACAGCAUCACAUACCUUCACGAAUAACAACUACGUGGACUAUCGGUUUGAACAAACAAUGAAAUUUGGGAGAUAAUACCGUGGAAUAUCUUCUGAUACUAUCUUUUCUCUAUGUAAAUAAAUAUAGCCAAAACAGAUUCAUAUUGAUAUUUCAAAAUAAUGAUAUCAAACCUCCAAAACUAUAGCGAGAUUCACGUUAUAAUGUCAAUGGAAAUGAUAGGAAUGAAAUGUUGACACUCUUCCGUAGUUCCGCUACCACCGCCAUCUAUAGUAGAUUUAUUUAUUUAUUUAUUAUAUUUAUUUAUCUAUUUAUAUUAAUUUUUAUAUUCAUUUAUCUAUUCAUAUUUAUAUUCAUAUUUAUAAAUAAAAAUAAACAAUGCAUUAAUGUUAUUCUACAAAAUAAAACGCUGUAUUUUAUUUAUGUAAUGACUGUAAAUAACUGUUGAUUCAUGUUAAUAAAUUAUCAAAUAUUA